UUGCUCGUUCAACAUGGCGACACAACGGAGGAAUUUGAUGCAGAGUCAUCAGAGUUGGACAGACGAUCUGCCGAUAUGCCAGCUGUGUGGCGUUGGCACAGCACCCAACUGUGUGUAUGGACCCGAUGGCAAAAGCACGCAGAGCCACCCCAACGAGGACACACACCUACGCUUCAGGAGCGAGGACGGUUGCUCGCUGUAUGGUGUCUUUAACGGCUACGACGGCAGCCGGGUGGCCAGCUUUGCCUCUCAGUGUCUGACGGCCGAGCUCCUGCUGGAGCAGCUCAACUCCACUCACACUGACGCCGAUGUGCGCAGGAUCCUCACACAGGCCUUUGAGGUGGUGGAGAAGAGCUACCUGCACACGAUUGAUGAUGCUCUGGCCGAGAAAGCUAACCUGUCCAGCUACAUGCUUCCACACAGCGAGAAGGUGCAGGAGCGCCUGAAGGAGCUGGAGCAGGAGGUGUCGGGCGGAGCGACAGCCAUCGUCGCACUCAUCCUCAACAACAAGCUGUAUAUUGCCAAUGUUGGGACCAACAGGGCGCUGCUGUGCAAGACCAGCACCGAUGGCCAAAAUCAGUUUUUCCAGCUGGGGCGACCACAUAGCACCGACAACGAGGACGAACUGCAGAGGUUGACGGCACUGGGAGUGGACUCUGCUCGUGUGAGGCAGGCGGGCCAGAUAACCGGGCACAGCAGCACCAGAAGGCUUGGAGACUACAGGGUGAAAAUCAACUACAGUGACAUUGACCUGCUCAGCGCUGCCAAGACGAGGCCGAUCAUCGCUGAGCCAGAGAUUCACGGCAGCCAGUCGUUGGACAACGUGACGGGCUUUUUGCUGCUGAUGUCAGAAGGACUCAUCGAUGCCCUGGAGUCUGCGCACGGACCCGAACACGUCAAUAAGGAAGUCAUUGCCAUGGUAGCAGCGGAGUUGGCCCAGCAGACCAGCCUGGAAGCGGUGGCCCAGUCGGUGGUGGACCGCGUCAAGCGCCUGCACCACGACGUCUACAUGUCCGGCCGCCAGAGGGCGACCUUGUGCUCCCACCACGAGGACAUGACCCUGCUCAUCCGCACACUCAACCACCCGCUGACGGAUGGCAUGCUCACGCCGACACAAGGUGGCCGCAUCUACCCGGUGUCGGUGCCCUACUCCAACAGCCAGAGCACCAGCAAAACUAGUGUCACCCUCUCACUGGUCAUGCCCUCCCAGAGCACCCUGACCAACGGCACCAACACGGCCUCCACCCUGGAGGAGGGCACCCCCACACCAGGCUUCGCCUCCAUCCUGCAGCCUAUAAUUGACCGCCCCCUCUCUCCUCUGCCCCGCCUCUCUCUCUCCACCUCCCUCCUUUGUCUCCCCAUAACCCCUCCUUUUCCUCCUCCCCUUCGCCUCUUCCCUCUGUCCACCUCCCUUUUUUGCCUCCCCACCUGUGACAUCGUGGCCCCCAUCCCUGCCCUCAUACCUGUCCCCCCCGCCCUCGCCAGCAGCCAGAGCCCCACCGCCACGCUACAGUCCACCAACACGCAGACGCAGAGUUCCAGCUCCAGCUCCGGCGACGGGAGCCUGUUCCGCCAGCGGGGCAAUCAGGCAGCUCAGCCGGACGAGACGGGCCGGGUGCCGCCCUACGUGGACUUCAGUCAGUUCUAUCGCCUGUGGGGGACCGACCACGGGGAGAGCCAGACCGCCCAGGGGGGGCUAGGACCUCAGUGAGCGGAGCAGUACCAGGUUUUGUGAUGCAAACUGACCUUUUAGGUGCUCCAGAGACAACUCAGUGCUCACCAUGGUGAGGAUUUUACUCGGGCGACUUGUGGGUCCUCCCUCCCCUGCAGGAAUGAAACUUUCUCCCCCACAGUAGUCAAUCCCAAAAAGGACGGCGAUAGAGUGAAAUGGGAACUUGAAGUUCCUUCAUCCCGAGGAAACAAACCCACAAGCAGAUAAGGACUCCAAGCAAGGCAAGGUGGGGGUCAAGGUAAACCUUCUGAAGGUGGUAUGUGACACUUCAUUAGGUACACCAUCCACACAGGUACACAGGCGCUUUCUGUCUUGACAGACAUCAUAAUGCUCACUUGGAUGGACAUUUAUUAUGGAGCCGAGCCCAUUCUUCCAUUAUGACACUCAAAUAUCUGUCCAUGAGCAUUAUUAUUGAUACAUCUCUUGUGCAGGUGUACCUAAUGUUGUGUCCAAUGAUUGUAUUUAUAAGAUUAUACUGUACUGUAUAUGUACAUCAUGUAUAUUAUCAUUGUAUCAAUAAGGCCUGGACUUGAAUGAAUAUCAUGAAUGAGCUUAAUGUACCUUUUAAAAAAACAGCUCUAAAUAAAGAUAUU